AUGGAGCCGACGGUCUUGGCACUCAUGCCGCAUCUUCAAGUGUUACAGAAGACAACUAUCAUCUUCUCUCGUCAGUUUGGUUCCAAGGCUGUUUCUGUUCAUUUAUCCACAGCCAAGGGCAUCUUAUUCCCCAUGGCAAUCGCGGCCAGCCAUUCAGUAUGGCGCCUCCUUAUCUCUCUACUGUGCCUGGUUCAAUUCGUUCUAGCAUAUCAAAAACUGUCAGAGGAAACCCUUCGAAAACUCCCACGACCAGGAAACGACUUUGAUAUCUACAAAGGAAAACUCUUGGCCCCUAUACUCCGGACACGCGUACCAGGCACCCCCGGCUCGACCGCCGUCCUGAAUCAUUUCAACGACUUCUUCAAGACCACAUUACCGGACUGGACAAUCGAGUUACAAAACUCGACUGCCAAAACGCCCGUGAGCGGUAACAAGGAAGUCCCCUUUGUGAAUUUUAUAGCCUCGCGAGAUCCGCCGUGGGCAUCGAAGGGGGAUGUGGGCAGGUUGACUCUGGUCGCGCAUUACGAUAGUAAAUAUGAACCAAAGGGGUUUAUUGGGGCAAUUGAUAGCGCGGCACCAUGCGCGAUGAUUAUGCAUGCUGUGCGGAGUAUUGAUGCAGCUUUAACUAGGAAAUGGAAGCAAAUGGAGACGGAGGGCGAUGCGAUGGAGGCGGGCUUUGAUGCAUAUACAGGGAUUCAAGUAAUCUUCCUCGAUGGAGAGGAGGCCUUCAAAACAUGGACGAACUCAGACUCAUUAUAUGGGUCGCGGUCACUUGCGGAGACGUGGGGAGAAACAGCCUAUUCACCAAUGUCGAUAUUCAGGACGCCAUUGUCUUCUAUAUCACUGUUUUUGCUACUUGAUUUAUUGGGGUCAAAGGAUCCUUUAAUCCAGUCUUAUUUUCCAACUACCCACUGGGCAUAUCAGAGCAUGGCGGACUUGGAAAGACGACUUCGGUCCUUAAAACAGCUCAAAUCAUCGCCCAACUUUGACUCGAAGUCUGAACAAACAGCAGAUGAACCACAAUGGCUGGCUGACGCUGAGAAAGGCGAGCAUCUUCUCAAGGCUUGGACCACUAUUCAAGACGAUCACCUCCCCUUUCUGCGUCGCGGAGUAGAGAUUCUUCACAUUAUUGACACGCCUGGAAGACACGGUUUUCCGGAAGUCUGGCACACUAUCAACGAUGACGGCGAGCAUCUCGAUCUUCCAACUGUCGAAGACUGGAGUAUGCUGGUCACAGCAUUUGCGGCGGAAUGGAUGGAUUUGGAGGGAUACUUUGAUGAUCAUGCACAGGGCACCACCGAGAAGAUGUCCACUCGGAAAACUGAAUUGUAA